AGGAACUCAAAGAGGGAGACAUCAGAUCUAGGAAGGUCAUCAUCAUCACCACUACAGCUGGGUGGUCAGGAGGACCAGCAGACUUUUUUUUUAUUUUUUUAUUUUAUUUUUUAGGGACAACAUGUAAGAAUUUGCAACACCCAGCGCUGGCAGUCAAGGGGUUAAAUCUUCCACCAAUCCCACCCAGCAAUGCCCAGCAAGCUUGGAAUGAUUUAUUGAUCACCAGUCCUGGGCUGAAAAACUCUUUUUAUUAUUAUUAUUAUUAUUUUUUAUUAUUAUUAUGUUGAUUAAGGCUGGAAUUUUCCUCACUUACCUCCAUAGAACUAGGAGCAGCGCCCCCCACUGGCAGUGAGUGCAGUGACAGUGCAUCCCACUCUCUGUCGUUGGCAGCAGCACUGUGUGAAGCUUCCACCCUUCAUUGCUCUUCUCCUCUGCAGCCUUAUAAAAAUAUAUAUAUAUAUAAAAUAGAGAAGAUAUGAGGCUCCUGUGAUCCAGAGAGGGGGAAAAAGAUCUGGACUGAGGAUCGUCCUUGUCUGCAUCUCCAACUUGUCUGCUCCCCCCCUUGUGAUCUGAUCCUCCUCUCUGCUGUCCUUUUACAUGCAGUUUCCAGGGAUCUGUCUGCCUGCGAAGAGAAGAGGAGCAUCUGAGGAGCCAAAAGCUCUACAAGACCUGAUGAGGCUUCCUCACCCCUGGCUGUCCCUGCUGCCCACCACCACCACCACCACCAGCCACCAUCAUCACCCACUUGUGCCAGCUUUGCCCAUCUUCUCCCAAUAAACCUAUCUAUGCAGGAAUGUCUAUUGUGCACGCAGAUGCCACUUCUCUCUAUCCAAACAGCUAAAGAAAGCAGAAGCCUGCAGACCUCCAAAAAAGGAAUAUCUUUGCUUUGCCUCUCUACUGUCGUCGUCGUUGUCCCCCCCCCCCCCUUUUUUUUCCCUUGUAUAUAUUUUUAUUUUUUAUUAUUUUUUUGUGCCCAUUUUUUAUCCUGUUACUGAGUUUCGGAGCUGCACAGAUGGCUAAGUGCAUGAAGAUUUGAUCCAUUUCGAACGUGACCAUGUGGAUUAAGCAGCUUUUAGGAAUAAGGCCAAGACAGUCAUUACCACCACCAUGAACCUCCAACAUUUCUAACCAGUUCAACUGUCACAGUCCUUUGUUCUGCGUUUCUUUAUCAGGCCCUCCGAUAGGAAGCCAUGCUUGGAUAUUGAUAGCCAUUUUUCAACUAGCCAUGGAUUUUAUAAUUUGCGAAUCGGGGUCACCGGGAACGGCGUACAGAUACCUCCAGCGCCCCUCGCUGGAACGUAGGAUACAAAACACAGCAUUAUGGAACCCAAAGGGAAGGCCAAAGCCAAGAAGUCGGAGGUAUGCGUGGAGUCUGUUUACAAACUUACAGCGGGGCGGGGCUUCUGUAGAAUCACAGCAUUUAAAUUUGUACCACAAAGACUCGGGCAGCAGUUUUUCUAGACAUGCGCCGUUACGGGACUCCACGGGAGCAAGAACCGUUCCUUCAAGGCGAGGACUAAGAGACUCGCUUCCGAUUCCUCACUUGAGGAGGGGGAAGAGGCAGCUCCAAAGAAGAAGUUGGAAUAACGUCCGGCCUUUCUUGGAAAGUCAUCCCACCACCGUUUCGGAGUUUAUUUUAUGGGGGCCGACUGGGGAAGAUGACUAUGUGGAGUCCAGCACAAUCCCUGGGAUUUACGAGACCACCAGAACCUCCACCACGCAAGCCAGGGCGACGCCGGUGGGGACCACGGCGUCCACCACCGGCUCCACCACCACGCAGUCUAAGGACAUGACGUCACAGAACCCCGUGGUACACAAGGGCAAAAAAGUACCUGGAAGGAUUAGCACAACAGAACCGUACCCCGGGAAUGGGAAAGCUGCUAGACCACCAAGGAUACCCAAUGAAACCUCAGGUCUUGCGGUCCACCAGAUAAUCACCAUCACUGUCUCCCUAAUCAUGGUCAUUGCAGCAUUGAUAACAACCCUCGUCCUGAAAAAUUGCUGCGCACAAAGUGGAAACGCUCGGCGGAACAGCCACCAGCGAAAGAUUAAUCAGCAGGAAGAGAGCUGCCAAAACCUGACCGACUUCACCCCGGCGCGGGUCCCCAGCAACAUCGACAUCUUUACCGCCUACAACGAGACCCUCCAGUGUUCCCACGAGUGCGUCCGGACCCCCGUGCCCGUAUAUACCACCGAGGAGACGCUACACCAAACCGCCGCCUACAAGACGGCCUUCAAUGGCAACAGACCUACUUCCUCUGAUCGGCACCUAAUUCCUGUGGCCUUUGUGUCUGAGAAAUGGUUUGAAAUCUCCUGCUGACUGGCUGAAGUCUGUUUUUCUUCCUUGAGGGCAGGGCAGACGCCAUGUUUCAGUUUACUGGAUUCCGUUAGUGAACCUGUAAUAAAAAAAUUAAAUAAAAACAAAAACAGGUGUCUACUAUUUUUGUUUACCACUGGGACUCACAGAGCUGAACUCUACUGGACAAAUAUAUUUUUAUAAAAAUGUAAAGAGACUGAUUUUUUUUUUCUGUUACGAAUAUGUUUUUUUUUUUUGUUUUGUUUUCUUUUGGAUAGAAGACAAAUGAAAAAAAUCUAAAUUUUGACAACUAGAGGAAAUUCUUAAGCAUAGGACUGACCAUACAAACAUUUUUGGAUUUGGACUGUGAUUUUUUUUGAACCUGUGCCAAUAAUACCAAUAUGUGCCAUGAAUUGAUGACAUAGAAAACUUCCAUAGAAACUGAUGUUAAGUGAAUUCUUUAAGAAAAAAAAAAAGAAGAAGAAGAAGGAUUUGGUGACUUGUUUAUAGGAAAUAAAAUAUUGUAUAGAGUUAUUCAACCUUUCUUUGUGAAUUAACAUUUAAACAGUUAUUGUUUUAUUACACAGAGGAUUUUGAUUUUUAGAGAAAUAUUGCCACUGCAACUGCUUUAAAAGAAAAGUCAAUAUUUAAAUUAUUUCCGCGUUGGAAAAAUUUGCUUUUUAUGGGAUCAAUAUUUAGGGUCGUUAUUAAUUAAAGGUGUUGGAUUGCCUUUUAUUACUGUAAGACUUAUAAAAAAAAAAAAAAAACUAUAUGCAAGGAAACUUUAUAUAUUUUUUAUUUAUUUUAUUUAAAAAAAAAAUGACUUGUGUCCUUUUAUUCCAAAAAUUUGUAUUUACAAAUUUUAUGAGCCAGGAAAUGCAAACUGGUUGGAACUGUCAUGGAAAAUAAAUAAAUAAAUUAUACAUUAAUGCAUUAAAAAAAAAAAUUGACAAGUGUUCCCUAGCCAUGGAGUCGUGAAAAAAAUCUUAUCCAAGAUAGGCCAACUGAAUAAUUAAAAGAGAGCUCUUUUUUAUGUAUUAUUCAUAUUAAAUAAUAGCAAAGGCUGGAAGAGAACUCAUUAACCUAAUCAAAAAGACAAAUCUGUUCCACAGAAGAAAACUUGGCAUAUGUCACCUACAGGGGUGCCCGGGAUUGGGGGAAUUUUAGACAUUAUAUACUGUGAGUUUGUAUUGUAAAAUAGAAUUCAACAAGGGCACCUUUGUGUUUAAUUAUUCAGUUAUCUGUACAUUUAAAAAUGAAUUUAAUAAAGCACAGUUAUGAAAGCUA